AAUUUAUUCAACCAACCUAACAAGGUGCAAGAAAUAGUAACCAAGUGGAGAUUCAAGAUGAAACCCUUCGUUCCCGUUUUCUUUAUGUUGUUUUUCUUUGUGGCCUUUACCAACAUACAAGUUUGCUUGGGAGACUGUGAUAAUCUACAGGACACUUGUCCAGCAGUUCCACCCAAUAAGCAGACCAUAUUCAUCAAUGGUCUACAAUGCAAAAACCCAGUUAAUGUAACAGCUCAAGAUUUCAGGACCACAGAACUAAGCAAAGCUGGCUCUACAGACAUUUUUGGUGCAUCUGUGAAAAUUGUCAGUGCUGCUGAGUUUAGUGGCCUGAAUACUCUUGGCCUCUCCAUUGGAAGAACUGACCUAGAUGGGAAUGGCCUGGUAAACUUCCACUAUCAUCCUAGAGCUACUGAGAUGAUCUUUGUUACCAAAGGGGGGUUGUUAGCUGGGUUUGUUGACACCAAAAACCAGUAUUUCCAGAAGUUUCUCAAAGUAGGUGAUGUUUUUGUGUUCCCCAAGGCUUUGUUCCAUUUCUUUCUAAAUAUUGGUUUUGAAGAAGCUACUGUUUUCUCAGUGUACAACAGCCAAAAUCCUGGCUUUGUAUCCCUUAGUUCUACAACUUUUGACACAACAUUGGAAUCAUUAGACAAGAUCAAGAAGAGACUCAUCUCACUUUCUGCCUCUGAAGCUCAACAUGUCACCGGUUUUAUCUCCCCAGAAGUCGAAAGCAUUUACAGUUAGCCAUUUCAAACAAUUGUUCUGUUGACUGCCUAAAUAUUAGUUCAAUUACGUGUAACCCCUGCAUUGAAUAAAUGAUUAUAGUUUAAAUUUUUUUUGGUUAUUGAUUGUACUCCAUGUUACAUUAUAUAUUACUACUUGUUUCAUAUCUAUUACUGCUUUAACCUCUUUUUUCAAAACUAUUGAUGUUUUAUAAAUCCAAAGUCUUAUUCA